UCCCUAUAUAAAAAAAAAAACCUUGUAACCACAAAAUCUGAGAAGAGAAGCAGAAAGAGCUCAGCCAUGAUGGCAGGUUUUAAAGUUCUUAGCGCAGAUCUUCAACUUGAUGCUAACAAAUCAGCUCACAAUACUGGCGCCUACAUGAGCAGGGAGCUAAUUGUUCGCAGGGGACAACCAGUCCGCCUGGUGCUAAAUUUCAACACAUCAGUGAGAGUUGAGGACCGUCUGCAGUUCACCGCUGGUCUUAUCACAACUAACGCAAGUACGCCUCUCCUCGAGUUUAAUUUCUACGAUUCCAGAUCCCCAGCAGUCAACAGUUGGGGAGCUCAGAGAGUGGAAACUGGUCGUAACUCAGUCACUUUAAAUGUCUUUACGCCAUCCAAUGCUAUAAUUGGUCGGUAUAUUCUAUCAAUACAUACAAGCGAAGGGCAGUCGAAUUUGGCUUCCAUCGUACUCCUCUUCAACCCAUGGGCAAAAGGUGAUGUUGUUUACCUAUCUGAUCAGGCAGAAAGACAAGAAUAUGUUCUAUCAGAAGUUGGCCUCAUCUACAUGGGGACUCCAAGCUAUCCCCAAUACACAUUCUGGAACUUUGGUCAGUUUCAAGACAAUAUACUAAAUAUAAGCCUUAGUCUCCUGGAUUCAACCCAGAGUUUUCAGCGUAACGCAACAGAAGAUGUACGAAAGCGCAACAAUCCGAUCCAUGUUUGCAGGGUCUUGAGCUCUAUACUUAAUAGUAUGGAUAACAAUGGAGUUGUAGAAGGUAACUGGAGUGGAGAAUAUUCUGAUGGAACAGAUCCCAACUCUUGGACUGGAAGCACCCCAAUCUUGAGAAGCUGGUUUGGCCAAAGGCGACCAGUGAAAUAUGGACAAUGUUGGGUGUUUGCUGGAGUCUCCUGCACAGUCAGCAGAUGCCUGGGAUUACCCUGCCGGGUGAUUACUAACUACAACUCUGCACAUGACACAGAUCACAACCUCAGCAUUGAACUAUAUUACAACUCCAUGGGAGAAUCAUUGUCAAGGAGCGAAGACAGUAUCUGGAAUUUCCAUUGCUGGAAUGAAAGCUGGUACCUUCGGUCAGAUCUGGGAAAUUUCUAUAGUGGAUGGCAGGUUUGGGAUUCAACGCCACAGGAAAAGAGUGAUGGACUUUACCAGCUUGGGCCCACGUCACAACGAGCAGUUAAAGAAGGAGAAGUGGACAUGAAGUUCGAUACACCCUUUGUAUUUGCAGAAGUGAAUGCCGAUGUCAUCAUUUUCAUUGAGCAAAACAAUGGAAGGGUCACAAAAGGACCAACACGUGAAAACUAUGUUGGCCAGCUGAUCUGCACCAAGGCUGUAGGUCAAAAAGCAUUGAAAGAUAUAUCACUGGAUUACAAGUAUCAGGAAGGUUCAUCUAAAGAGCGAGAGAUUUAUUCAAAGGCCCGGAGGAAGAUAAGAGGUGCUCAAUUCGAAGCUCUAAUGUCCACACCACCUGCCCCACAGGUUACUGGGAAGAUAACUGUUUCUGGAACGCCUACAGUUGGAGAAGAUAUCAAUGUGACUUUAACGCUAACGAACAUGACCUCGGAUAACAAAGCUGUUACUGUAAACCUGAGUGCAGCAGCUAUCGUGUACAACAACAUCGUGAGACGGCCAAUACUUAACAAUUCUGAAGCUGUACAGCUAGGGCCAAAUGAAGAAAAGGGUGUGCCACUACAGAUCAAAUAUUCUCAGUAUGACAAGCAACUGACCAGUGAUAAGAUGAUCCACAUUACUGCUGUGUACAAGGUCGAAAAUAUGGCAGAAACAUUUGUGGAAACGAAUAUUGUCCUAUUGAAUCCACCUCUACAAAUCAAGGCACUUAAAACAGCUAUAUUAGACAGUCCAAUGGUGGUAGAAGUCACAUUUAUGAACCCUCUAUCAACACCUGUCACAGGUUGUGUUUUUAAGGCUGAAGGCAGCGGUUUAACAAAAGAUGUUGUCGAAAAAAACAUGGGCCAAUUGGAACCAGGCCAGAAGACCAGUGUUAAAAUUGAGUUUAUUCCCUACAUGGUUGGUGAGAAGGAGCUACUGGUCAUUCUCACGUGUGACAAGUUCAAAGAUAUAAAGGGCCAUCUCAGCAUCAAUGUGCAGAGUUCCUCCAGGCGUCUGCGUGCAUGUUGUGUCUAGCUGUGCUUUUAAGGAAAGAGAAGGUGCACUAAUAUCCACGUAGUUCCAUCCAGGUGUAGACUUGAUAAAGGGCCCUGUGAGGUCCAAAAAGUUGUCUGUAGGCCACUGUGAGCCAAUAAAAAAAAACUUUUGGGCACUUUUCAACACAAA